CCGGGCGUCCAUCAGCGGCCCCGCAGCCUCCCCUCGCUCCUCUCCUCUUCCUCCAGGGCCCCAGCGCAGCCCGGGAGUCCGCGCACAGAGGCGCUAGGGGCGUCCCGCACUCGAGGGACACGCGCCGCGCCUGGACGACCCCCGGCGGGCGCCCCCAGCGCGCCCCCUGCCCCGCGCCGGCCGCGCUCCCCUCCCCCGCGCCGGUGUCCCGGGGGCGCAGGGCCGCGCGUCCAGCCCCAGACGCGCCGGGGGUCCCAGGGGACGCGCCAGCCAGGCCGUGGCGCUACGAUGGAGGAUCCGCAGCGCCCCCGCUCGCACACUGUCACCACCACCGCCAGCUCCUUCGCAGAGAACUUCUCCACCAGCAGCAGCAGCUUCGCCUACGACCGGGAGUUCCUCCGCACCCUGCCGGGCCUCCUCAUCGUGGCCGAGAUCGUGAGUGCCGGCGGGCUGGGGGUGGCGGGGGCUCAGCUGGACCCCGGCGCGUGCUUCCGCCGUGUUUCUCCGGAUCGAGUCUGCUCAGAUCCUCUCGCGGGCUUCAGGGAACCGUUUUUGCUCAGCCUCGCCUUCUUCCCAAAGUGCAAAACUCAGGAGGUCCAAGAAACUCGGGCUCUCCUGGGAAGAAAGGGUGGUGAUCCUCAGGAUGUCUUGCUGGGGGAGAAAUUCAGCUUGUUGCGCCCCCUCGGUGGCGGCGGCAGAUUCUGGGAGCAGGAUGCUUUGCUUAGUGGCUGUUGAGUUUGUGUUGAGCGUCAGGGACACCUGGUGCCUCUCUCACCUGAUCUCCACGUGGAUGGCCUCCUCCCUCAAAAUAAAGCUUUCCUAAGAUCAGGGGAAGAGGAACGGGCUUCUUUCUUUUUCUGAUUAUCUCCUUGGUAGUCACGUUGAGGUGAGUCAGGAAAAUUUUGCCGAAUAAAAUCUGAGUGCUGCCACCUAUUUCAGGACCAAAGAGGUCUUCUGCCUGGUGCUGUGCACAUCCUGGCUUAGAUUCAGAACAUUCCUGGGAAGGAGGUGGGGCAUAGGCGUUCUUCUCUCCUUUGGAGGGCAUGGAGGCUGGAAACUCAAGUGAUCUCCCCAGAAAUCCCAGCCAGUCCUUCAAGGCUGAGAAAGGACUGGCGCCCUGUCAGCAGCUAGAGGUGGUCACUGUUUGAGUCUUCUUCGUGUACCAGGGUCUUGUCAAGCCCUUGAGAUGUCCUCGUACCCUCGUGUAAUCCACACGACCCCGUCCCCUGUGAAGGCCUAGAGAGGGGAAGUAAAUUACACCAGUGGAUGGUGAAGCUGGGAUUCAAACCCAGGCCUGCCUUUCUGCAGGGCACUGCUCCUAACCGGGAACAGCUGAGAGCCGCCCCAGCAGUGCCCUUCCGCCACGUCUCAGACUUUUGUUUAAAUGUAUGGGAACUGAAAUCCAGCCUAUGUGGGAGUUAGAGAAUGGGCACGCCAUCAUGGCGCAGAGGUGACUGAAGACCUGGGCAGUUCCUUUGAGAAACCUGAAGUAAAUUCUGUGUACCUCAAAUAGCUUGCUCGCUCCCCCAGCCACAGACCCCACCCGGACCGGCUCUAUCAAGCCCCAGGUGACCAUAGUGGUAUGAGAUAUGAGAAGUGUUGGCUCAGCUCCUCUCCCAGCUGGUUCUCUCAGUGGGUAUUAAGGAAUUCAGGAGACUCAAAAGGCUCAGGUAUUAAAAUCACCUUGCAGGGCCUGGCUUUUAGGAGUUCAACAAAUAUUUGCUGUGCGAAGGAAGGAGUUGGCAGGCCUCUCUGCUUCAGCAGAGCAAACAAAACUAAAAUGACGGAGCCGGGACUUCUACCUUGGGGUAGGUUUGGACCAGGCAUGAAGUAAAACGCCUUUUUUUUUUUUUUUUUUUUUUUUUUUUUCUGAUUUAUGAUCAAUAUGCUCUGUGUGCCGCACUUUUUCAGGAAAUACAAAAGUGAAAGAAGAAAUGUAAAUGGCCCACCAUCCCAUUACUAGAAAUAAUCACUGUUGACAUGUUAGCAUGAAGCCUUUUAGAUUUCACUAGGUUUUUUGAAAAAGAUGGGGAAACAUGUAAACAAAAUCACCCUCAUUACUACUAUAGUUUUAAUUUUUGACAGUUAAUUAUGCACCUUUUCUUGUUUGUUUUGAGACAGGAUUUUUCUCUGU